GGACAUUGGGCAUGCGGCUGAUGGAAUGUCGUUUCCUUGUCUGACUACCUUUAACGGCGGAUUGUUCGAUUGCUGAACACGUCGACGCAUCAGCCAGAGUCAACAUCGAGGAUUGGCUCAAACUGUCAUCAGACGACACGGCUGAGCGAGCACAACAAUCUGACGACCAGCUAGAUUUCCUUAUGCCCGACGACGAGCAUCGCAGCAUCAAUGUUCCCGAGGGCGUUGAUAGCAAUGAAUUUGGCGCCACUCACGAGGAAUACAGCCAUGACAGCGACCCAAGUCAGGAUGAGACAGUGAGGGAAGGUGUCGGGAGCGAAGGACUAGACGAAAAGAAGAGCCAAGGACCAACCAAGGAAGAGCAACAUCAGCUCAUCCAACGGUUUUUAGCAAUCAAUAAUCUCCUCACUCUCGAGUCCACCUUUGUCGGGAACAUGCGGGUUGUCCGGGACAUAUACAAAGGAACUACCGAAGCAUGUCCUAAAUUGGCACCCGAAUCGGCUAUGCUCAUAUUCAGAAAUAUUGACGAACUUGUCGACUUUCACUUUUCCUUCUUUUUCCGGCUUCGGUUCGUAGCUUUGAGCUACCAUCCAUCAAACCCCCGGCUGUCAGCUCAGCCGCAGAAUACAAAGGAGAUAACCAUCGCAUCCGACCCGACGAAUAACCCCGAUGGUCCCGAAGAUGCCGAAGAUCGCCAAACCUCAAUCGGCUGCCUCUUUGUCCAGCACAUGGAGCAGAUGGAGGCAGUCCAUGAGGAUUUUUCUCGCGGGAGUGACCUGGCAGCCGUUUGUUUACGUGUGGUUCAAGAUGACCCGGCUGUCAAGAUCUGGCUUGAUGAAUGCAAUGAAGUUGCAAGCCAUCUGGUUACUUGCCCCCAACUUGAUCUAUUAUUGGAGAUGCCACUCCAACAUAUGGCACGGUAUCUGGUUCUCAUCGACAAAUUACUCCAAUUCACGCCGGCGGAUCACCCAGACAGGCCAUCUCUCAUGUCGACACGCACAAGUUUAGAAGCUGUCCUGCCUUCCUCAGGGACUGUGACCAUUACGCCAGAGGAGUCUCUACAUGCGCCCACGACAAGUUAGAGAUUGAAUGGUGACAGUGCUGCAGGGGCAGACGUAGUCCAGUGUGAACACCGCAAUUGGGUAAUUACAUCCUAGG